GUUACGCCCGCGCGCUCAAAAGGCAGCCGUAAGCGGUUACGGGUUUCAGUGCCCCAACCAGAACCGCGCAACGGGCCUUUCUCAGAGAGAACCGACCGUUAACGGCCGCCUCCCGGCCUGACUGGAGCCGCCAGCCUCCCUCAGACCAGGGGGCAACGAGCCGCGCCAGAUAACGACUUAGAAGAAAAAGAAAAAAAGAGGCUAUGUUCAGCUUCUUCCGAAAAAGUCAAGAUUCAAAGAAGGUUACAGUGCCAGAGAGAGAAGCAGAUGGAUUUGUUAUUGUGGGAGAGACAAUUGAUGAUCAAAGUAGAGAAUCAAAGGAUAAAACUUCAUUUCCAGAGACCAGACAGAUGUACAACCAACCUCCACAGGUAAAUACAGGGCACCGAUCGCAGUUGACUGUAUCAAGUGCAGAGGUGGGAAAUGAAAGGAGUCAAAAUUUGGAAAGCAGCCCUUUCAUGUCAGAUCUUCUGAGUGACGUACCCUUUGCCCUAGCACCACAUGUGUUAGCAGUACAGGGCACCCAUAAUGACGUUCCUGACCGAUUGCUCACCUACGACAUCAAUGAUAAUUUAUCAAGAUUUUGGUAUGACUUUACGCUUGAAAAUUCAGUGCUUUGUGAUCCUUAAUGUUUUGGGGUUUUUUAUUUCUUCUGUUUAUGUCAAGGAAGAAGUCAUAAGAUGAAGAUAAAGACUUAUUUUAAUUGACUUGAUAUUUUGGGGGCCUGCCACUGGUACAUCAGAUGCAUUGGAUCAAAAGGAUUAUUACUGUGUUAUAUUUCUUAGCUUUACGUGGACUGUAACUUACUAUGUUAAACAUUCUGUUUAUCUCCAAAGAAAUCAAGCAAAACUGUUUCAGCCUGAAUAGGAGACUGGCUGUUGGUAUCUACUUCCAGUAGGUAGGCUGCAGACACAAACAUUUCAUAACUUCAAGAUGAAGUCUACGCACAUCUGCACUAUUUUGUUAUUUCACUCAAACACAUAGAUCCUGUUACACGUGUUUCUUUAAGAUCACCUCUGAUUUCCUACAGAUAGAAACUAGUAUUAAUGCUAAAGCAAUGCUGCUUUGCACUACUGGACAGACAGCUUUCCAGUUGAACCAAGUUUUAAAACUCAGAGUUAAUUAUAAGUACUUAGAUAAUUAUGGAGACGUAAUAGAAUUGGUUAAACUUACCAAUUUCAAUGUGAAACUGAGUUGCUCCGCUCCCUUUCCAGUAGAUGGUAUUUUUGUCCCUCUCGCUUUGUGCCUGGAGAAGUCCUCCCCGCCUGCCUGUUGGCUGCUGUUUGUUCUCAGUACCACAUGUGUUCCUGAUUUAUACACGGAUCAGCUUUUCCAUUUUAACCUCUUUGCCCCCUGAAGAAGGAAAUCUCAGGACACGUACUUUUAAUGGUCACACCCUUCUUUUUUUAAUUUGUGUGCCAGAGAUACAGAUGGCAAUGUUUAACAACAGGAAAACAUUACAUUGUUUCUUAUCCAGCUAAAUUAAAUGGCUAAGUACCUAAACAUGCGUUCUCACAGACCACUGCGUCCCCUGCUCACAAACUUCAGAGUAUGUUUUGCCCGACUAAAACCAGAGCUGCCGUUGCGUGAGCAACAGCGCGCUCAUGUAACAUCACGAUUUGUGAUGAAUAAUGAUCUGUGGGACACAAAAGGCUACACUUGUUUUCUCUCUUGGAGUAGAAUAUUUAUAUUUUGCCAAAUGUCAGUGGAUAUUUUCAUAUAUUUUCUAUGCUCUGUGAUAGCUUAAAAUACAUAUAUUUUCAGACUUGCAUCCUCUUACAGUAUUUGAGAUAAAUACUGUAAAUGAUGGAAAAAUUACAUUGCGAAUAUGUCUUAGGUUGUUAAAUAAUUGUGGUUUAGAUUUUUUUUUUUUAAAAUGUAAGUAUUUAAUAUUUUUGAAAGCUAUGUUUGUAAAUGUUUUGAAGUUAUUGUUUCAGGGAAAAUAUCUGUGCUGCACUCCAAUAAAUAAAAAAGCUAAUUAACAUUGAAUUAUUUUUUAUGUGUGAGAGUAAUUGCUUGGCUUCACCUGUAUUGUAUACUGUAGCUGUGACCAUUCAGACUUCAUGGGAGCUUGAACCUGGAAAUUCAAUUUGGAAAUCUUCUCAGCGUUAUUUAAAAAUCGAGGUCCUUCUAAUGAAAAAUAUCACACUUUCAUCUGAUGUAUUCUGUGUGCUAUGUUGGGGACUUGCAGUGGUUUAGGUGGCAUCUAUGACGCUGCUCUGAGGUUAGUAUGGCCGGGAGCUGGGAAGUACUCAGACCUCUUAAAAGGAAGAAUUAAUUUGACCAAGUUGUUUAGAACUGGUUUGUGUGCUGAGUUUCCUAGUUAACACAUAACCUGUAGCACUAAUUUUAAUUUUCAUGAUUGUUUUAUAUUUAAUUGUUAAAAAUUAACCAUUCUGCAAAUCGCACGUUUCCAUUCAAGUUGUCCAUCUUACAUCUGAAAUGUUUCUGCAGCUCAGCUGGUCUAGAAGCAGAACUGCAAAACACUGUUGAAGACCAAACAAACCCACAGUACUUGUUCUUCCCUUGCUAGCUGA